CUGCGCAGCCGCAGAUUCAAUGUGUCCAGACGUGACAACAAACGUUAUCAGCAUUGGAGAAAAUGGGCACAGCAUUGGCAUCUAAAUCAUUUUGAAAAGAUAAAAACUUCCAUCAAACCAUCAAAACGCGUUUGCUUUUGUCUCAUAUGAUUUAAUAAUCAAAACUGAAGUCUUAAAAUGCCGAGCAACAAGAUGGACAAAUCUGACAAGCCGGAGGUCAUGGACAACGUCAAAGUGGUUGUGCGAUGUCGACCGCUGAACCAGAAGGAGAGGAGUAUGGGCCACAAGCAGGCCGUCAGUGUGGAUGAGAACCGUGGGACCAUAACCGUCAACAAAUUAGAGACCAACCACGAACCCCCCAAGACCUUCACAUUUGACACGGUGUUCGGACCAGACAGCAAACAGCUGGACGUUUACAAUCUGACAGCCCGCCCCAUCAUAGACUCAGUAUUAGAGGGUUACAAUGGGACCAUCUUCGCGUACGGACAGACAGGGACAGGGAAGACGUUCACCAUGGAGGGAGUGAGGGCAGUGCCAGAGCUCCGAGGAAUAAUCCCCAACUCCUUCGCUCAUGUGUUCGGCCACAUCGCCAAAGCAGAGGGCGACACCCGGUUCUUAGUUCGCGUCUCUUAUCUGGAGAUUUACAAUGAAGAAGUGAGGGACCUGCUGGGGAAGGACCAGAUGCAGAGGCUAGAGGUGAAGGAGAGGCCAGAUGUGGGUGUUUACAUCAAGGACCUGUCUGGUUAUGUGGUGAACAACGCUGAUGACAUGGACCGGAUUAUGACAAUGGGGCACAAGAACCGCUCGGUUGGCUCCACCAACAUGAAUGAACACAGCUCUCGCUCUCAUGCCAUCUUCACCAUCACCAUCGAGUGCAGCGAGAAGGGUGUGGAUGGGGACCAGCACGUACGCAUGGGAAAACUCCACUUAGUGGAUCUGGCGGGUUCUGAGCGUCAGGGGAAGACAGGAGCGACGGGCCAGCGGCUGAAAGAGGCCACUAAGAUCAACCUGUCUCUGUCCACGCUGGGUAACGUCAUCUCCGCUCUGGUGGACGGGAAGAGCACCCACGUCCCCUACAGGAACUCCAAACUCACCCGCCUGCUGCAGGACUCACUGGGGGGAAACUCCAAGACCAUGAUGUGUGCGAACAUCGGCCCAGCGGACUACAACUACGACGAGACCAUCAGCACGCUGCGUUACGCCAACCGGGCCAAGAACAUCAAGAACAAAGCCCGGAUCAAUGAAGACCCCAAGGAUGCCCUGCUACGGCAGUUCCAGAAGGAGAUCGAAGAGCUUAGGAAGAAACUCCAAGAAGGGGAAGAGAUCUCCGGGUCGGAGGGCAGUGGAUCAGAAGAGAUGGAUGAAGGAGAUGAUGAGGGACGAAGGAAGCGGAGAGGCAGUGGCAGCAGCAUCAGUAGCUCAGACUCCUCUAUAGAGGCACAGACCACUGAGGAGAAACUCAAGGCUCAGGCUAAAGACAGAGGGAAGAAGAAGAAGGUUUCUCCUGACAAGAUGGUGGAGAUGCAGGCGAAGAUCGAGGAGGAGAGGAAGGAGCUAGAAGCCACGCUGGACAUGGAGGAGGAGGAGAGGAACAAGGCCAGGGCAGAACUGGAGAAGAGAGAGAAGGAUCUCCUCAAAGCGCAGCAGGAGCAUCACCUGCUGCUGGAGAAGCUGUCAGCCCUGGAGAAGAAGGUGAUCGUAGGAGGGGUGGACCUCCUGGCCAAGGCUGAGGAGCAGGAGAAACUACUGCAGGAGUCUAACAAUGAGCUAGAGGAGAGACGCAGGAGGGCUGAGCUGCUCCGCAGAGAGCUAGAGGAGAAGGAGGCGGAGCGCCUGGACAUGGAAGAGAAGUACUCCAGUCUGCAGGAGGAGGCUCAGGGGAAGACCAAGAAGCUGAAGAAAGUCUGGACCAUGCUGAUGGCUGCCAAGUCAGAGAUGGCCGACCUGCAGCAGGAACAUCACCGGGAGAUCGAGGGCCUGCUGGAGAAUAUCCGCCACCUCAGCAGAGAGCUACGACUGCAGAUGCUCAUCAUAGACAGCUUCAUCCCACAGGAAUACCAGGAGAUGAUUGAGAACUAUGUACAGUGGAAUGAGGACAUUGGGGAAUGGCAGCUGAAGUGUGUAGCGUACACUGGUAACAACAUGAGAAAACAGACCCCCGUGCCGGACAAGAAAGAAAAAGAUCCGUUUGAGGUGGACCUGUCUCAUGUGUACUUAGCCUACACAGAGGAGAGUAUGAGACAGUCACUGAUGAAGCUGGAGAGGCCCAGGACCUCCAAGAGUAGUAGGCCCAAGACUGGACGAAGGAAAAGAUCAGCGAAGCCUGAGGCUGUGAUGGAAUCCCUGCUGCAGUGAGAGAGCCAAUCAGGGCUGGAGCCCCAUGUACUGCAAUGAAUCUACACUACUUUACCUUAGAAUGAACAACAGCAGUCAGUCAAUGAAUCUACACUACUUUACUUUAGAAUGAACAACAACAGUCAGUCAAUGAAUCUACACUACUUUACCUUAGGAUGAACAACAGUCAGUCAAUGACUCUACACUACUUUACUUUAGAAUGAACAACAGUCAGUCAAUGAAUCUACACUACUUUACUUUAGAAUGAACAACAACAGUCAGUCAAUGAAUCUACACUACUUUACCUUAGGAUGAACAACAGUCAGUCAAUGACUCUACACUACUUUACUUUAGAAUGAACAACAGUCAGUCAAUGAAUCUACACUACUUUACUUUAGAAUGAACAACAGUCAGUCAAUGAAUCUACACUACUUUACCUUAGAAUGAACAACAGCAGUCAGUCAAUGAAUCUACACUACUUUACUUUAGAAUGAACAACAGCAGUCAGUCAAUGAAUCUACACUACUUUACCUUAGAAUGAACAACAGUCUGUCAAUGAAUCUACACUACUUUACCUUAGAAUGAACAACAGCAGUCAGUCAACUGGUCCUUCUGUGGCACAGUUGGUAGAGCAUGGCGCUUGUAACGCCAGGGUAGUGGGUUCGAUUCCCGGGACCACCCAUACGUAGAAUGUAUGCACACAUGACUGUAAGUCGCUUUGGAUAAAAGCGUCUGCUAAAUGGCAUAUAUAUAUAUAUAUAUAGUCAAUGAAUCUACACUACUUUUACCUUAGAAUGAACAACAGCAGUCAGUCAAUGAAUCUACACUACUUUACCUUAGGAUGAACAACAGUCAGUCAAUGAAUCUACACUACUUUACCUUAGAAUGAACAACAGCAGUCAGUCAAUGAAUCUACACUACUUUACCUUAGAAUGAACAACAGCAGUCAGUCAAUGAAUCUACACUACUUUACCUUAGAAUGAACAACAGCAGUCAGUCAAUGAAUCUACACUACUUUACCUUAGAAUGAACAACAGCAGUCAGUCAAUAGUCGAACAUGAAGAUCUUUAUUGUCGUUAUUUAAACAGAUUUUCCAAGUACACUGUUUAGCCAAGUAAGGUUUUAAAUGUGAAGGGAGGAGAGGAAACGGUUGGUCGGUCGGUCAGGGAGGGAGGGAGGGAGGAGAGGAAACGGUUGGUCGGUCGGUCAGGGAGGGAGGGAGGGAGCAGGCAGCAGAAACUACUUUAGGAUUUAGCCAGCAACCCAAAUGGUGCACCCUAUUCCCUAUUUAGUGCACUACUUUUGACCAGAGCCCUAUGGGAUACUCUAUGAGCCCUGGUCAAAAGUAGUGCACUAAAUAGGGAAUAGGUUGUCAUUUGGACCUGCCCCUUAGACUGCUCAAGUCAAGGGGACCUUGUAUUAUAAUAAGGGGAGGCUUGUUGAGGAUAAUCAGCUUAAUGUAGUCAUGGAGCACAGUUCAGUGGGCAACACCCAUCUGCGUCCCAAAUGAAACCCUAUUCCCAUUAUAGUGCACUACUUUCGACCAGGGCUCAUAGGGUGUCCUGUAAUGCUCUGGUCAAAAGUAGUGCACUAAAUAGGGAAUAGGGUCCCAUUUGGGACGUGGGAGAUUAGUCUAUGAUGAGCACAAGCCAUGGUUUUUGAACAGGUCUUCAAAGACGAAAGCGACGACAACAACAAACACUGUUUUGAGAUGACGAUGUCACCACUCCUACUGAUGGCCUUUAACAAAAAAACGAUUCCAGGAAUGAUUCACAUGUGCACCACAGGUCAUAAUGCCCUUAUUUCAAGCAUCACACUUAUGGGAGUCUAAAGUAUGCUUUACGCUUAGUUUCCUUCUUUAUGUCUGAAGGGUAGGACAUGCAUGCCAUGCCGCUUCCAUAGACAAGUGCGCAACAAUGGGACAAACUACACUAUAUUUACUCUCCAAUUGUUUAGUGAAAACAAAUACAUUUGCACAAUGAGAGCUUAUCUCUAAAAUGCAUCCUUACAAGUUGUUGGUGAGCGAGGAUAUUUUCACCAUAUUAGCAUGGACGUGACAUCAGUCGAAACACCUCAAAAUAAAACGUGAUAUUAAUAACGAGAUACUACAAGCUGAAAACAGCCUCUUACGGUUCCCCACGUUGCAGCUUUCUGUCAUUGUUGUUCGCUAUCUGAACGUUCAGAAUCGUAACGCCACACGGACUUCUGUCUUGUCGAGACGCACAUCAUUUCCUGAUGUCAGCUAACCCGUCUAUAUAGUAAUGCCAUUCGUCCAUUAAACAAUAACUAAGGCAUUUUGUUUUGGCACGCUUUGUGAUUUCUUCCUUUUCAGCUCAUCGUUCAUGGUGUAUUGUAGUGAAAGCAAAGUGUCUUUAUUUUGGAAUUUACUGUAUUUCAAAUGUUUACAUCUACUGAGCCCCCACCCCCUCUUUUUUGUUAAUUUAUUAAAUGAUUGCACAUG